CUCCCCUUCCUCCUUCUCUCUCGUUCUCUCUCCUCUGCUUGGGCGGCGCUCCAGUCAAAUCCUUCCUUGACCCCAUCCCUCUCCCUCAACUCCUCUAUUUAUACAACCCAUCACACCCCACAUCCGCCUCCAUCGUCCUUCUCUCUUUUAAACACGCGCUCACUUUGUGUAAUACGGAACCAGGAAAGCCGAAAUGGCUCCUAAGCAAUUGGCUGGUAAAGGAAAUGGUGAUUGUGGUAACAACAACAAGGAGGUUCAUUACAGGGGUGUGAGGAAGAGGCCUUGGGGCCGAUACGCCGCCGAAAUCCGAGAUCCCGGCAAGAAAACCAGAGUCUGGCUCGGUACUUUCGACACCGCGGAGGAAGCUGCCCGCGCAUACGACACCGCCGCUCGAGAAUUCCGUGGGCCCAAGGCUAAGACAAAUUUCCCAUCGCCAAGCGAGCGGAGCGGCGGUGGCAGCGCCACUCCGACCAACAUUAACCAGAGCCCAAGCGAGAGUAGCACCGUGGAAUCAUCCAGCCCGGCUGAGGAGCGUGAGCCGACACGCCUACAGGGCGGUCGGGUUGGGUUCGUGGGUGGGAUGCCGUUUGUGUACCCGCAGCAGAAUGUUAGAGGGGGCCAGGCGCGGCCGCUGUUGUUGUUUGGAACGUUGGGGAGAGGGGAGAUGAUGGGUCGGGUAUACCCGGUGGAGUUAGAUCCGGUUGGGAUGGGAUUGGGUGUUGGGUUUGGAGCCGGGUUGGCGAAUGAAUCAGAGUCUUCAUCGGUUGUGGAUUGCAAGCCAAGAAAACCUAUUCGUCUUGACCUGGAUCUAAAUCUUCCUCCACCUGUGGAUGUUUAAAACCCUUUCUUUAGGCCAAAAAAGAAAUAGAACCCUUAAUCAAGUUACUAACCCUUUUUUUUUUUUUUUUGAAUUUAUUUUUCCAACUUAGGUCUCUUUGUACUGUAUUCAGCCUUUUUAAGUAGUGAUGCAAACUGAGGGAAGAAAAUGAAAAGAGGACAAGAAAUUUAAACGUAUUGUAUAUAAUUAUGUGUAAGGACGAUUUUUGUUUUCGGGGCAAUCAUAUCAUAGUUGAUAAUC